GCUCAUUCGUCAUUAAAUUGACUUGGAAGCUCCCCCAGGAGCCAAGCACUGCACAAUCGGCCCAGCGAUACCAGCGCGCGACGACGAGUUCCACCACAACUCAUUUGACAACCUGCGCUGAGCCCAAGUUGUUGUUCCCAAUCAAUUGAUCCCACCCCUGAGCUCAGGAACAGCACCUAUCACGUUUGCGCCGACCAAACGAAAGGCCCGCGCAAGGCUACCUAGAGGUAUCGACCACGAACCUCGGCGCCUCCCCACCUCCUGGCGUUAACGCAACUCGCACGCCCAACUCACCACCUUCCGCCUCCGCCGGCUGCCGCUGCAGCUCCCCCCGCUCGCCCGCCAUGUCGUACUUCUUCUCGACGCCAGUCGAUAUCGACAUCGUCCUCGAGGACGGCGACGAGCGGUCCAUGGUGGACAUCAAGCUGGACAAGAACCGGCGCGAGAAGGCGCCGCUCUACAUGGACGGCGAGUCGGUCAAGGGCGCCGUGACGGUGCGGCCUAAGGACGGCAAGCGGCUGGAGCACACGGGCAUCAAGGUGCAGUUCAUCGGCACCAUCGAGAUGUUCUUCGACCGCGGGAACCACUACGAGUUCCUGUCGCUCGUCCAGGAGCUGGCCGCGCCGGGCGAGCUGCAGCACCCGCAGACGUUCGACUUCAACUUCAAGAACGUCGAGAAGCAGUACGAGUCGUACGGCGGUAUCAACGUCAAGCUGCGCUACUAUGUGCGCGUCACCGUCUCGCGCCGCAUGGCCGACGUGAUCCGCGAGAAGGACAUCUGGGUCUACAGCUACGUCAUGCCGCCCGAGAUCAACAGCAGCAUCAAGAUGGACGUCGGCAUCGAGGACUGCCUGCACAUCGAGUUCGAGUACUCAAAGUCCAAAUACCACCUGAAGGACGUCAUUGUCGGCCGAAUCUACUUCCUGCUUGUCAGGCUCAAGAUUAAGCACAUGGAGCUGUCCAUCAUCAGGCGCGAGACCACCGGCGCCGCCCCCAACCAGUAUAACGAGAGCGAGACGCUGGUCCGUUUCGAGAUCAUGGAUGGCUCCCCCUCAAGAGGCGAAACAAUUCCAAUUCGACUCUUCCUAGGAGGGUUCGAUCUGACCCCCACUUUCAGAGACGUCAACAAGAAGUUCUCCACCAGAUACUACCUGAGCCUAGUUCUCAUUGACGAGGACGCCAGGAGAUAUUUCAAGCAGUCAGAGAUCAUUCUUUACCGGCAACCACCGGAGGCUCUCAACGGGAGCCAACAGCUAGCGCCGCCGGAGAGCAGGAUACAGUCUGUUCCCGCGUGAGCCUUUUCUUUGUUUGCUUUUACGUGUGUUGGGGCAACGGGCUUGUGCCUGGCCCUGUCUGCCGCGGCUUGCCUCAGCCUAAAGAGACGAACGGCCCAGAGCGGUGCCGUGGUGGAUGAUUUAUGUAGAUUCAAACGAUGGGUCAGAAGCGGUGGUCAAUUCAUUGUGAAAGCCAGUUCCAGUUGUUUAGCUUAAUAAAGGUAUAGCGAUAAUUGCCAGACAGCUGUGAAGGAAAUGACUCGCAAUGAUAUAUAUGGGGGGCGAGUCUGCCUCGAGGAAACAGUGAAGCGACCCAGCACGGGAGCAAGGCCUGCAUCCCGAACACAGCUGUGUUGAUUCUUUUGUAGCGGACAUUUUAACGACGAAGACUCAUGUAAAAAUUCAUCAAG